UGAGUCAAAGACACAGAGGCGUAUACACAUUAACAAGUUACUUGGAAAGCUACCUUAUUCAACACAAACAACUCUAACAAUUUGAAAUGGGGAAUGGAGAAAGCAAAACCUGGGUUCUUCUUGCUGCUGGAUCAAAAGACUGGGACAAUUAUCGUCACCAGGCUGACGUCUGCCAUGCAUAUCAGAUCAUACAUAGAUCAGGAAUUCCUGAUGAGCAGAUUGUCGUUAUGAUGUAUGAUGACAUCGCUUACAAUGUGGAAAAUCCCAAGAAAGGUAACAUCAUAAAUGUGCCCAAUGGCCCAAAUGUUUAUGAAGGUGUUCUGAAGGACUACACUGGAAAUGAUGUUUCAGCGGAUAACUUUUUGGCUGUACUUCGAGGGGAUUCUGUGGCUGUUAAAACUAAGGGACCAAAAAAGGUUCUGAAAAGUGGCUCAAAUGAUACAAUUCUCAUCUACCUAUCAGACCAUGGGAGUACAGGAAUGUUUUCAUUUCCAAAGUCCACACUUUAUGCGACUGACUUGAUUGAUACAGUGACAGAAAUGUCAAACAAUCAGCAGUUUUCUAAAAUGGUGAUUUAUAUGGAGUCCUGUCAUUCUGGAUCAAUGCUUCAGGGUCUUCCAUCAUCGUGCAAUGUAUAUGGAAUUUCAGCCAGUACACCAGAAGAAAGCUCUUUUGCAUGUUUCUUUGAUGAAUGGAGGAAUGCCUAUUUAGCUGAUGAAUUCUCAACCUUCCUGUUUCAUCACAUUAAGACGCAUGACCUUAAUAGGACAACUUUAGAAAGGCAGUUUGAUUUCCUGAAGAAGAAAGUCAAAAGCUCCAAACCCUGCCAGUAUGGGAAUAUGCAAAUUGGUCAGGAAUACCUCUGCCAAUUUUGGGGAAAUGAUCCAGCUGCUGGCACAAAGGGGGAAGCUUAUCACAUCCAAGUGAACGAUGCCAUAGCCAGUCAUAAUGUACCUUUAAGAAUUCAAGCAAACAGAAUUCAAAGAGAGCGGGACCCCAGGAGAAAGCGGGAACACCAAAGAAAAUAUGAUGAGCUUCAACGUACUACAAGUAAAAUCGAGAGAGUUGUUUUGGAGAUCCAGCAGCGCUGUACAUAUAGAUGUGCAUCAACAUCACGUAGACGUGCUGAACAGGGUUUCGCUUGUAUGGAAAGAACUAAAUUAGUGGGGCUCAAAACUGUUACGGAACAUUUCAGGACAUCCUGCUUUGACUGGCAUGAUGAGCGGUUUGGUAUUGCCCUGCAACACGCACAUGUCUUUGCUGAUCUAAUUUAUUCUGGAACUGAGGAGUACAGAAUCAUGGAGGCCAUAACAGCGGUCAGAGGAAGAUUAUUUUGAAAUCAAUCAAUCAAUCAAGUUUUAUUUUUAUAGCACAUUUAAAAACAACACAUGUAGACCAAAGUGCUUUAUACAAGAAAGAUAAAAAUAUAACCACAUGCAAAAAUAUGCUCAAUAAAGCAUUAACUAUAAGCAUAUAAUUAUAGUAAGUGAAGUGACUGUCAAAAUGAUACUCUGGCAGAAAGAUUAUAAAUAAUCUAUAUCUGGGUUAUCUAGAAUGAAUGCCUUCUAGUAAUGUGAGCAUUUGUAAGUGAGUAAGAUUUUCUUUUAUUAGUGAAAAUAAAUCACUCCCAACUAAACACUUCACUUCUUAUUGCCAUUGCUUAAAUUAUGCAUUUGUCAAUAGGUAGCAUCACUUAAGCAGCAUUAUUCAUGUAACCAAUCAUUCGCAAGCAUAUAUGUGUGUGUGUUUUAUUGGUUGGAAAUCUGUGUAAUGAUCUAUUAAUGAGGUUGUGAAUUUUGGAUGAGGAAAAUCAAUGAAGCAGAAAUGACGCAGGGAAUUGCUGACCUGGAAUGACUGACAGCUUUCAGCUAUCAUGUCUCUUAUGGACAGUACAUUAUUCCUAUCUAAUAUAGUCUUGUAUAAUAAAUGAAGAGUUGUUCC